AUGAGCACAUCAUUGUUCGUUUCAUGCUUUGUUCUGGCGGGGUCCAUCUUCAGUUCGCAUGAGGCGAGUGUAAAACGGCCACGAUAUAAUGCAACUGAGGCAUUCCUUAUCAGUAACACGUACUGCAUGAAGUAUCGUGAUUACACCAAUGAUAGAUUAUUUGGCAACUACUCAUGCGUGGAAAGGUGGGGAGGAGGUGACAAACGCGAAGAGGAUCCCAUCAAAAUCAAAUACAUGCUUUCAAAUUACAGUGGAGACCCAUUGACUAAGUGGGGAGAUGUUAUCGUAAAGUUCUACGAUGGUGAAACCGAUACUUUUUUCUAUUCUAAUAAAGAAUUAAAAGCACAACAAAAACGGAAACUCAUUUACAUGAACGUCUCAGAGGAGUGUCAAGUUACAAAAACCUAUAAUACAGCAAAGAGAUCAGGCUGUACGCUGUGGAUGAGUUAUGAUACAGUAGAGAAGGAUCCUCCAACUCGGUGCAAAAAAGUCUACGACAAGUGCGGGGGCCAAACGAAGCUACAGUACCACAGUAGCUGCAAGCUCGUUUACAAUGAUUGA